GGGGGCUGCUGGAUGGGGGAGCCAGGGGGAGGUGCUUGCUCUUAGAAAAAUACUUAAGUGUUUCUGUUUAUUUCUUAUUGGGGGAUUAAUGCUUUACAGUCAACAGUGAACACACUAGUUUGUGCAUGCAUAAUAUUCCCCAGCUUUCCACACAGCAGUACAACCCGCACUGGGUCCUCCUUUGCCGUCCUGUUUCGGGACCUGAACCGUCCCCCCACCCCCAGAGUCUUUUACUUUGGUGCAAUAAUGUUUCUCUUUCUAAGUGAAGUUUUGGGUGUGGCGCAGGGCUGGCAGGAGAGCAGGACAGUGAUGCGCAGGACUGGUGCCAGGCCCAGGGUGCCAGGCUCAGGCCCCAGCACCACCGAGCUCAUUACAAAAAAAAAAAAAAAUGAUGCUUAUGACUCAGAAAGUUAACAGUUAAAAAAAAAAGGGGGGGCUUUUCAAAGGUCUGCUCAGCUCUGACAUAACCAUUUUUGUUGGUGCCUUUGAAUGUGCCCUUCCAGAGUUUUUUCUUAUGCAAAUACUGGCAAAUAGGGAUGUAGUCAGUAUCCCCCCACCCCCUUUUUUUCUUUUUCACACACAUCUUCUGCCCCUUGCUUCUUCACCGCAUUUGUUUUAGAGAUCAUCAGGACAAUUUUUUUUUUCUUUAAAUAACGCUGUGGUAUUGAAUUGGCAAUUAUUUGGGUGUUCAAUAAUCAGCUCUUUGAGGACAUGAUUUUAUUUAUUUAUUUAUUUUUAAUUCUCUUCCUUUUUUUUUUUUUUUUGUCACCAGAGUAUUGCUGGGGCUUAGCACCUGCACUGCAAAUCCAAUGCUUCUGGCAGCCGCCUUUUCCUUUUUACUUAUUUGUUUUCUUUUAUUUGAUAGGACAAAUUGAGAGGAGAGUGAAAGAUAGACAAAAAGACACCUGCCAACCUGCUUCACCACUUGGGAAACUUCCUUUCCUCCCUGAACUUAGGAGCUGGAACCUGGUCCUUGUGCAUGAUACCACAUGUGUCCAGUCGGUUUCAGAAAAUCUCUCAGCCUUCUUUCAGAAACCUCUUUCUUGUCUUAUUGCCUGGGAUGAUGACUAGAAAUCUCUUCUGCACUACCAGAAAAACAUGCAAGAAAAUGGAGUAUUGGAGAUAGAAUUGGACAAUGAAUGAAGUGUCACAUUUGAAGACGAGGGACACAGAGGAUGAGGAAUCAACUGAAAAGUAUGAAAAAGUUGGAAGUACUGAGUCUCUGUGUUCCAAAGUGGAAGGUCUUCACGAGGAUCAUAAACAGGAAUAUAAGCAUAAAGUCAUCCACACUGGAGAGAAACCUUACGAAUGUGAUGAAUGUGGAAAGGCCUUCAGAAACAGCUCGGGUCUUAUAGUGCAUAAAAGAAUCCAUACAGGUGAGAAACCUUACAAGUGUGAUGUUUGUGGCAAAGCAUUCAGCUAUAGCUCAGGUCUUGCAGUCCAUAAAAGCAUUCACCCUGGGAAGAAAGCCCAUGAAUGUAAAGAGUGCGGAAAGUCCUUCAGCUACAACUCACUACUUCUUCAGCAUAAAACCAUUCACACUGGAGAAAGACCUUAUGUGUGUGAUGUUUGUGGGAAAACUUUCAGAAACAAUUCAGGCCUCAAAGUUCACAGAAGGCUUCAUACUGGGGAAAAACCAUACAAGUGUGAUGUGUGUGGGAAAGCCUAUAUCUCCCGUUCUAGCCUUAAGAACCACAAAGGUAUCCAUCUGGGGGAGAAACCCUUUAAAUGUAGCUAUUGUGAGAAAUCCUUCAACUACAGUUCUGCCCUUGAACAACAUAGGAGGAUUCAUACCAAGGAGAAGCCUUUUGGAUGUGAUGAGUGUGGAAAAGCCUUUAGAAAUAAUUCAGGUCUUAAAGUACAUAAGCGAAUCCACACUGGGGAGAGACCUUACAAAUGUGAAGAAUGCGGGAAAGCCUACAUCUCACUUUCAAGCCUUAUAAAUCAUAAAAGUGUACACCCAGGUGAGAAGCCCUAUAAAUGUGAUGAGUGUGAAAAAGCCUUCAUCACAUACCGAACCCUUUUAAACCACAAGAAAAUUCAUCUUGGGGAAAAGCCCUACAAAUGUGAUGUGUGUGAGAAGUCUUUUAAUUAUACUUCACUCCUUUCUCAACACAAGAGGGUCCACACUAGGGAAAAGCCCUACGAAUGUGACCUUUGUGAGAAGGUCUUCAGAAACAACUCCAGCCUUAAAGUGCAUAAAAGAAUCCAUACUGGAGAGAAGCCCUAUGAAUGUGAUGUGUGUGGAAAAGCCUAUAUCUCACACUCAAGCCUUAUUAAUCACAAAAGCACCCACCCUGGCAAGACACCCUACACAUGUGAUGAAUGUGGAAAAGCUUUUUUCUCAAGCCGAACUCUAAUAAGCCAUAAAAGAGUCCACCUUGGGGAGAAACCCUUCAAAUGUGCUGAGUGUGGGAAAUCUUUCAGUUACAGCUCACUCCUUUCUCAGCACAAGAGGAUCCACACUGGAGAGAAACCUUACAUAUGUGAUAGGUGUGGGAAGGCAUUCAGGAAUAGUUCAGGCCUCACAGUACAUAAAAGGAUACACACAGGCGAGAAACCCUAUGGAUGUGAUGAGUGUGAAAAGGCAUAUAUAUCACACUCAAGUCUUAUCAACCAUAAAAGUGUACAUCGUGGACAGCAGCCCUAUAACUGUGAGUGUGGAAAAUCCUUCAAUUAUAGAUCAGUCCUUGACCAACACAAAAGAAUCCACGCUGGGAAGAAACCAUACCGAUGUAAUGAGUGUGGAAAGGCCUUCAAUAUCAGAUCAAAUCUCACCAAGCAUAAAAGAACCCAUACUGGAGAAGAAUUUUUAAAUGUGACAAAUAUGGGAAGUCUUAGUGUCAUAUCACAGAAGAUAAUUUAUGAAGGAGGAAAUGCUCUGGAUGGGGCCAGGAUGAGCAUGUCUAUGAAGGCAGAGCCUACCAAGUCUCAGAGAACUCAAGUGGCAGAAACAUUUUGUGAAUAUAAGAGUAUCUGGGGUUCUUGCGCAUGGCAUAUAGUUUGCAUAGUGUAACUGAAAUCAUGAGUAGCCUUUCUGUGUGAUUUUCAAUCAUAGCCAGUAAGGAAUACUCCAUUACCCAAGUAAUUAAUCCCUUAAUGAACAUAAAAUAGGGAUAAAAUCUAUCAAAGUGAUGGAGCAUGAAAAACCCUUGAAAACAAGCAGGUGUUUCUGAACAUGAAAAUCAGUAGUUGAGCAAAAGACAAAUUAGAAAUCAAAUAGUUUGCAUUGGAAAACUCAUAUCUAAGUAAUUCUUAUCAAUAGAAAUCUAAGGGAUUCAGGUAUAGCUUUGAAUCCCAGUAAUAAACAUUGGUCAGUGAAAAAGAUUGAAGAAGGGCCUACAAUAGGCAAAUUCAGGGAGAGAUAAACUUCAGGGAAUAUAAAUUUAAUAGUACUGAUCAUGAAGUAUAAUCUUGAUAGAACUGAGUAAUAUGAGAAUCAUUAACUUCUGAAACUUUGGGUUUUAUUUAGGAGACAAAAAUACAGACUAAACCUAACAGGAUUUAGGAGAGUUAGUCAAAUGCAAGCUGACCAGAUUGUUAUAAUCUACACUAGUUAAAUGAGAGGAGCAUUUAAAAAAUUACAACAUUGAUUGUAAUGAGAAAUGUGUGAUAAGGGAAAACCUUACACAUGCUACAAACCUGGAGAUAAGUUUAGCAUAAUCAAUAAUUAAAUACAUUUUUGAGAUGAAUUUGCACUUACACAAGAACUGAUUUAGGAGUUUCUGUGAAGGAGACUGAAGGAGGAUGUUUGACUGCAGGAACUAAAAAGUAGCUACCAGGAAUGGAGGGGUAAAAGAAAAUUCACGCAUCUCGAUAAUUGUUUGAUUGUUAACUGGAAUGUGUUACUGUAAAGCUUAUGCACUUCAUGUGUAUAUUAUCUAUUGUAAAAUGUUACAAAUACUUUGUUCAGGGCUUAUUACUUUGGCUAUGAAGAGCCAGGUUGUGUGGAGACAUAAGAUGGAACUCCAAUAAUAAUAAUAAUAAU